GCCAAAAACUGUAAACAGCGCGGCAAGCUGAUCAAAGAAGAGGAAGAGAGGCGAAGAUCUGGAGCAGAAACCCCAAUAAUAUAUGCUGACGUUGGCGACUUCUAUUUGAACAGAUAAGUAAAUUAGCUUCGCGAUGGUUAAUAAAGAGAACGCCCUCAGUGUGGGCCAGCAGGUGAAGUGGAUCGGCAGCCACGACGCGCUCCAAUCGGUGAAGAAUCUCAAGCACAGGAACGUCUACUUCUACCAGAAGUGCAUAUAUGGCCCACUGACUUUGACUGUGGGCGACUACAUACUGGUUUCCAAUGCGGACGCCGCCGAGCCGGACACUGUUAAUGGUUGCGACGUGGCCCGCAUCCUGCACAUGUACGAACUGCGCGAGGUGACCGAUCGCGAGCCCUACCGCGCCAUCGUCCAGUGGUACUCCCGUCCAGAGGCCAUACCGCACGUCCACUUCGACGACGACAACGUGUCCAUUGACUUUGGCUUGGAGGUGAUCGAGGAGCAUCGGCCGUACGACAACGACGUCGCCCUAGGCGCCAUCUAUCGCAAGUGUGUCGUCCUGGAGGGCACCUCGCGCCGCUCGGCGGAGGAGAUUCUUCAAAGCAAGUCGCAUAAGCUGAAGACCACGGCCUGCCCCAUGUUCGUGAGCCGGUACAAGUUCGUAAAGGUGAAGCGGAGCUAUCGCCUGAUUCCCCUGGAAAUCCACCUGGAGGAUCCGGAUGCAAAGCGCAAGUCCUUGGCUGCCCUGCACGAAACUAAACGUCCAUCAUCGGCCCGCAAGGAUGCUUCCGCGAAAGAAGAAGCCACCAUGCAAAAACGACGACGCGCCUCCAUGGCGGCGGCCACUUCGCUGGAGUUCGUCGAUGUCAGCUACUUCAACUGCGAGAAUAAGGUGUCGCCCAUCAAGAUCGUGGGCGGACGCAGUGUGGUUCGGCUGUCGGAGAAGAAGAAGAGCUCUGCCCAGGAGGAGAUCAAUGCCAACUAUCUGCCGGCAUCGCCGCUCACCGAGAAGAACGCCAAGGUGGAGACGCCCAAAUCUCGAGCCUCGGCCGCACGCCGCAACCUUAAUCUUAGCUUGGAUCGAGGAGCAGACAGCACAGCUGAUUCCGACUGCCUGAAUUACUCCAUUGUCCAGCAAACGCCCGAUCCGAAGACGCCCUCCAAUGACAUGAAGAUCAAGCUGCGCCUUUCGGAACGAAGGCGUUCAGUAAGGCUUGCCUCCAUAGACCACGAUCCGCUGGAGAUUGUGGACGAGACCAAAGAAACCCCCAGCUCACGCAAGCGUUUGGGCGUAACCACUGGCGAUAUUUACCACACACCCACCAAGAAGUCCAAGGAGCUAACCAUGGGCACUGACAUGACGCCCUCAACGCGUCGUAAGAGUAUCCUGAAGUCGGCCACCAGUCGACUGGCCGAGGGCACACCCAGACGCAGCAUUCAUCUCUCCAACAUUGUGGAGCAGCGCGUAUUCAAGGACGAUGACAUUAUAUCCACCCCGAAAAGGGGACGCCCGAAGAAGAGUGUCGAGGAUGAGGACGACGACUACACGCCAAAGAAGUCUGUACAGAAGACGCCAACGCGAUCGCGCCGCUUGAGCACCGCCACCAAACCAGCGACGACUCCCAGCAAAGGGACCACUGCAACCUCUGCAGCUGCCCCUAUGACGCCCUCGCAGAAGAUGAAGAAGAUCAGAGCCGGCGAGCUGAGUCCCAGCAUGCAGCAGCGCACAGAUCGUCCGGUCAAGGACUCCAGCAAAUCGCAACUGCAGUUGGCACGCGAGCAGCUGCACGUGUCCGUGGUGCCAAAGAGCUUACCCUGCCGGGAGCGGGAGUUCGAGAACAUUUACGCCUUCCUAGAGGGUAAGAUCCAGGAUCAGUGUGGCGGCUGUAUGUACGUGUCGGGAGUGCCGGGCACUGGCAAAACGGCCACAGUGACCGGAGUAAUCCGCACCCUGCAGCGUCUAUCCAAGCAAAACGAGCUGCCCGCCUUUGAGUUCCUGGAGAUCAACGGUAUGCGCUUGACAGAGCCGCGUCAGGCCUACGUCCAAAUUUACAAGCAGCUAACGGGCAAGACGGUUUCCUGGGAGCACGCCCACUCCCUGCUGGAGAAGCGCUUCACAACGCCGGCGCCACGAAGAGUUACCACUGUAUUGCUGGUCGAUGAGCUGGACAUUCUGUGCAAUCGGCGUCAGGAUGUGGUGUACAACCUGCUUGACUGGCCCACCAAGUCGGCGGCCAAGCUGGUGGUGGUCACCAUUGCCAACACCAUGGAUCUGCCAGAGCGCCUGCUGAUGGGCAAGGUCACCUCCCGACUGGGACUCACCCGACUCACCUUCCAGCCGUAUACACACAAACAGCUGCAGGAGAUUGUCACCGCUCGCCUGGGAGGCUCGGAGGCUUUCAAGGGCGAGGCUGUCCAGCUGGUGGCCCGCAAGGUGGCUGCUGUCUCUGGCGAUGCUCGCCGUGCCCUUGACAUUUGUCGCCGUGCCACGGAAAUCGCCGAUACAGCGUCGGUCAAGUGCGUGACGCUGCUGCAUGUGCAGCAGGCCCUGGCCGAGAUGAUAGCCAGUGCCAAGGUGCAGGCAAUCAAAAACUGCUCGCGACUGGAGCAGAUCUUCUUGCAGGCGGUAGCUGCGGAGGUCACACGCACUGGCGUCGAAGAGACCACCUUUAUGGGUGUCUAUACGCAGGUGGAGACAAUAGCUGCGUUUAUGGGUGUGACGUUGCCAGCUCCAGGACGUGCUCUCCGGCUGUGUGCUACGCUUGGAGCCGAGCGACUCAUCAUUAGCGAGCACUCACGCAACGAUCUCUUCCAGAAGAUCCUGCUGAAUGUCAGCGCCGAUGACAUACACUAUGCCCUCCGUGUGGGCGAGGUGAACUGAAAUUAUUCUCUGGACAAUUCUGAAUAGGGUUUUAAGUUUGAUUUUGAUUAUUUACGUUUGAAAAAGAUAUUAGUUUUAAGUUUUUUAGUUAAAGUUCAUUCUUCAUUUCAAGUAUUCUUUGUCUAGGUUUAUUUAACACUCACAUCGACUCAUUCACGACUCCCUGUUUCUAGCUCAAUCGAUCAAUCCACAUAUAUUGUAUUAAUUCUUAAAUUAAUUCCUAUUUUAAGCGUCAUUUUUAAACAAUUUAAAGUACAAACUCGUUACUAAAAAGACCAAAUAAAACACCAGCACAGUGUAA